ACGAUGAACCGGCGGUGGUUUAUCACAGCAACGCCAAGCGAGCCAGUGAACCGGCGGUAGUGCUCUUUCCUCACCUGACGGCAGCAGGGGCAGCCGAUAUGAUCAACGAGGAAGACGAGGGUAUCAACCAGGAUGAGGAGAACGUGGAGGAAGAACGAGUUGAGCAUCAGCAAGAUGUGGAGAAUUUCAACAAUCAGGAAGAGGCUGCCGAAAGCGAGCACCAAGGCGAUGCUACGGAAAAGAAAGAGGAAACGGUCGAUGAGCUGAACAACAGUUCCAAGCUGUACCCGGAAACUGACGUAAUGGAGGUGAGCUUCUCGACAUCAAACACGAAGCACGAAAACAUUCCGGACUGGGUGGUGGUCGGUGAGUCGGUGCAAAUCAGGCCGUACAAUACUAGCGGCGUGAUUUCGUUCAUUGGCGAUACUCAUUUCCAGGGCGGAACCUGGAUCGGCGUUGAGCUGGACACACCAACGGGUAAAAACGACGGUACCGUCCAGGGAAUACAGUACUUCAACUGUAAACCGAAGCACGGUAUUUUCGUUCGGGUUGACAAGUUGAUUCUGGACAAGCGGGGUCGUGCAAUUAGGGAGCUCAAGAAGGCGGAAAAGAUGAAAGCGGAACUGGCCGGUAAAACUGGGCAGCAGAAACCGAUCAGCGCCAACGGGCCCCGUAAAUGAUACGGGUUUACGCGGGGUCUCAGCGCUGCAAUGACGGCCAGCGGUUCCUGCUCGGCGGCUGCAGUCAUGAGACCGAUGCCCCGGAAACGUUACGUUCCCCGGUCCGCCUCGAUGGCGGCCUUCGGUCGGAGCAAGUAGAGCAAGAGAGAGUUGGCAACACCUUGAACAGCAAAGUUCAGCACCAUACAUCCUAAACACCACAGCCCACACACCCGACAUACCUAUAAACACAACACGGAAAAGCAUAGCCAAAUCUCUUCGUAAGAAAAUUUGAAGUACAAAUCGUCCUUCAAAAAUCUACACAUCUCCCCGGAAACGGAAGGAGAGUUGAAGAAAGGAGUACCUUGUUUAAUAAUUUUGUAACUAAGUUUACAAAUAAUUUAAUAGAAGGAACGCAAAGAAAUGUGAUUCGAUUUUAUGAGCAACAAAAAAGGGUCAUUUGAGCAAUGAAAAUGAUAAUAAUUAAUCUUCGAUUUGGUUGAUUUUCGUUUGUUUAUGAUUCCGGUAGAAAGUAUUCGGUUAUUAUUUAUAUUUUUCUCUGAGAACGUAACGAUAAGAAAUGGUUGCAAUCCUUGAUGAAGGCUUUUUUAAAUUAUUUUGUAGAUGACUGCGCAAGUGCAUUCUAGAUAGCAAGAAAUGUAAGAUAUUUGUAAGAGAAGUUUAAAAAAAAUCAGGUGAAUAUAAAUUACGAUCCAUCAUAUGCAAAUACAACAACCAGUUCUGUCCAAUGUCAUUCAAAAUAUGAAACCAUGAAACUCUAAAAAAAAUACAAGUAUAAUUAUUAUCAUCUAAAGUAUACACUCGAAGUGUUGAAGGUGUAAAAUCUACGGGGAUAAUCGCAGGUGAAGAACCAUUGUAGAAUUAUACACACCCUACCUACACCUAUAUUAUUGCUAUGAGAAUCAAGAGCAAACCAACCAACAACUUUGUAGCCAAAAUCGUGAACAAGGAGAAUUUAAUAAAAGCAAAAAUAUACGGGGUUCAAAGACGAUUGCGAUAUGAAAUAGCAUUACGCAUAUUUAUAUUUAUACAUAUAUUAACAAAAAAGAAACACCGAGCAAAAAAGAAACGGUGAAACAGCAUGUUAUUUGAAAACUUUUAUUCCAAUCCUUUGCUACCAGAGCAUUUUCAAUCUCUUUCUUCUGUAUUUACACAACAAAAUACGAGAGUAAAAACGAGAAGCAGCCAGAAAGAAAACAAAAUACUUGAUAAACUUAUUGAAAAUACUAACACACAAAAAAUACCCUCAGCUGCACUUUAUCUCCAAAAGCUCCCCCUAAACAACUCACAGCAGACAAACGAUUACAAAUAGACACCGAAAAAUGUGAAAUCUUAGACCCUGAAUAGACACACUAUGAUUCUGAGAACAAGGCAAACCAAAAUUAAAAAUAACUAUCCAAAACAAAAAUAUGAAAAGCUCGAAAAGCGUGAAAGUUUUAAGAGAAAAUUAAUCGUUGUUUCGUGAGUGGAAGAUUUGGGCGAAAUCGUAAUUUUUUUCCCGAUAUAAAACAAAAUUAAAAAAAAAAAAAAAUAACGCUCUGUAGUCGGGAUUCAAAUCCGUUCCAAACCAUUUCCUUGAAAGCUGUUUUUAUUGAUUCCUUUUUUAAAUAAAAAUCCAAUCAAAUAACUUUGAUUUUAUAUUUAUUUCAAAAUAUAAUCUGUGUGAUUUUAGACUCAAUUCAACGUUGUACGAUUUCGCUCAAAAUUUUUCACUCGUCCUAGAGACAGUAGAGCAUUGUAGGCAUUAGCAUGAGACGUUUGAAGAAAGACUACCAAAAACAAGAAAGUCGAAAGCAUUCAAUUGAUUCCAUCCCCUGAUUUUUGAUUGUAGAGUUUUACACCAAAUUGUACGAUAAUUUAAACGAAAAAAAAUCUAAACCCGUAGUAGAAAUGUAGCAAACAAUCGGAGAUUAGUCCAGUUGGGAAUGUAGCAUUACUAAACAAAUCUUGAACUGGUGUGUUUUGCGAUAAAGUAGAGAAACAUUAACCCCCCAGAAGAAAUAUCAAUAGUUGGUAGGAACAACACAAAAAUUGUAUAGACAAAAAAAGAUCUUCUCUCCAUUAUUGUAAAUUUUCGUUUCCAACUAGCUACUAGUAAUCGAUGUUGGUAAAUGUUUUUAGGUUCAAUACUUUUUUUCGAAAUUCAGAACAAAUCCCUCCCAAGAAAAAAAAAAUCAAGGUGAAUUCCGGCUUGAGGCAGUGGCGAUAUCAAAUCCCAAGGAGUUACGAAGAAACCAAGCAUAUUCUAUCGAAGACAAGAAACAAAAAAACGAGCACGUCCAUUUUGAUCCUUUGUGACCAAAACAACCAAAAAAUGUUUAAUCUUACGCCCGGUAGAAUCGAAUCAAGAAGUCAUUCGUUACAAAACAAACAAAAUAAAAAUUAUUCACUUCUCUCAGUGUUAAUUAGGCAAUAGAAAACAACUAAAUGGAUCGAAGAGCAAAUUGAUUGAUAAGGAACGGCAAUAAUCCCCUUUAUUAAAGGGGAAAGGAUUCAAAUCCACAUUUCAAGAAGAAUGAUGUUAAAUGAAAGUGCAAGAGAAAUGGUUAUUUCAACGUUUAGGAGCUAACUAAAGUAGGUAGUGCAACAUGAGUGUGAUGAUCUUUAGAGGCAACCAGUAGAGACUUCGAAAAAUAAGCAGAACAAAAAAAAAACGUCGAAUCCCAAAGGCGGCUUUUGCUAAACAAGUAUUAGGCUUAAGAGCAUUCCACAGAUUUUUGUCAUCUCUCUCUCAAAAGACCUAGUCGCCGUGGCGUAGGAUUUGUGACGAAAGUUCUUGAAGAAUGUUGGUACGUAGAAGGGCGAUGCAACCUGAGCUGAUCUGUUAGCAUUUAAGGAUUUAAAUCCUAUAGGGCAAAUUUCAUCAGCACUGUGCUUACUUAUUCUUGCUAAAAGGACAUUGAAAAUGCAAUCGAAGCAUGCUUUGAUGACUACGUGCGAUCAUGCGUAGCCGUUCUAAAGGCAAAUCGACCUUUCUCCAGAAAGCUUUGACGUUCUAGAUAACGACGUUAGCGCGCAUCUCGAAAAGCCUACUUGGAUACGCUUCGCCCGUGGGAAGCAGGCGGCGCCUUUUAACUACACAAGUAGAGUAGCGCACCAGUUAGUGACGACACGUGCCUGUGAGCUUGGCAGCGACGAAAGACCGCAAAUUUCAAACGGACUUCACCGCUAGAAUAUUAUAUUCGGAUUUCGACAGCUAGAGUUGAUUAUCAAAAAAACAAAUUUCUGACUUCCUACUACACAAAAUUGAAUUUCUGAAAUUCCGUAAGUUCAGAAGUUAUCUAAAAACAGCCCAGUUGCAUCGUCCUUUGAAAUCUGAAAAGAAUUCCGCAACAGAGAGAACAGACUUCAAUCGAACUUGAAUUAUUCCGAGCAAUUGCAAUUUAUAAAUUCAUCUGAAAGCGAAACUACACAUUAAGAGCGUAAUUUUAAAGUUCAAUUCACCUAAUAACAAUUCCAAGAAAAAUUAUGAUCUCUCGGCGUCGCUUGUUCAAAAUUUCUACAGACAUUAGAAGAGGCAACAACAACUAUUCGUAUAGUAGAAUUGAGUACAGUAGAGGAGGUAAAAGUAAUCAUUGAUAGAUAGAACGGGUGUGCUGCGCACCAGCCACUUUAAUGCAAAAAGUAGAACCGAGGCUUCUUUUUUGCUAUGACGAUGAUGAUGAUGAUGGGAAACACAAUCUCUGAACCUGUAGGCGAGUUGUUUGAGUUUCGCUCAUAAGCCAACUUAUGUAUGGUAGAUUUAACAAUAAUCCCCCAGAAUGCUGCCCGCCCACAACUUUUUCUCGUUGUACAUCAUAGUUGUGUAAACUUUUUUCCCGCCUCACAUAGGAGGUGUGUGGGUCAUCAGUGACGGUGUGUGAACACGUUUCCUUAUUUUUGCGGUAACAAACAUGGGCUAGAGAUUAAUUUUUUUUCUUUCCUUCUGUAAUAUAGAACUGUGGGAUUCCAGCUAUGAAAAGUGGGAAAAUGUGCAAUCAUUUUAAAACUCUAUUUCCAUGCCACCGUUAAGGUUUCGCACCAUCCAAGAAUUUCUGUUGGGUCCUGUGUCCUGCAUACGUUAAGGUUCAAAUUGUUGAGUUAUUCUUAUGUUAAAUCUGAUUGGGUGAUAUCAUUAUAUACUGAAACAUAAAUCAAAAUAAGUUAUUGUCAAAGCGCUAAUAAAAUCAUAUAAAAAGACUUUUAACCAAUACCAAUAUACCUAGCUUAAGUUAAGUAAACCCUACUAAGUAUAUACGUUUGCGUGUGUGGCAGAAUUUUGUGAUUUAGUUUUACUGUGCACUCGAUUUCGUUUACACCAAAUUGCGCUACUAAGGACAACAACUGCACAAUGUUGCUAGCGUUUUAUAUCAUAAACAAAUAAGUUGUUAAUUCGGUCGAGCUUAAUCAACAUUUCAUUUAGACAUAACAGUUCACCUUAUCGUUGUUUGGUGCUUUGUUUCAUUUCUGUUGCUGUAAAUAUUCUAUAAAUAAUCAUAUUUCACUAAACAAAAACUACCACAGAAAUAGCAUUCGUAAAACGCCUAAAUUGUAGCAUAUUCUUUUUUGCGACACAUGUAAAUUCACACGCAUUUGUAAGAAAACAACAAAAAAAAGCUAUCCAACGAAAAAGUCUAUUGUGUAAAUUAGCUUUUAGCAAACAACUCCCAUUAAAGAUACAAAUGAGCAGAGUCUUUACUUCACCACACACCAAUCAACAACACUCACAUGCAGCAGACACACAUCUGUUAAUGACUAAGCGUAUCGCGCACGAUCACUGAGAGCAAACAACAGAGGAAAAAUGCUAAAUUCGAAAAAAAAUAGUACACCUACCUACUAACAGAUUUAGUUUAGCUUAGCUGAUGAUUAUUGUCAGACAGGAGAAGUUAGGGAAGCCGAAAGAGAAAAAUCUUUAAGACGGUCAACGACGAAAACGAAGAAAUUACAUUAAAGCAACAUUGUUGGGCAUAGUAAAUGGAUUAAAGAAAUGAUGCAAAAUGAAAAAAAAAA